CAAAAACGCAGUUCAAAAUAACACGGUCAGAUAUAAAUAUACCUAGAUAAAAUGAGUGCCAUAUUAAAAUUCAUCCGUGAAAAUCAUAUAUUAGCACUAAUUGAGCAAGCGAUCGCCAAAAAAAAGUCGAGGUUAAGUUUAAACGGGUUUGAAAUCACAGAAAUACCUGGUUUACUAUACACCUGUUUAGAAGUAGAACAUCUGUACUUGCAUAAAAACAAAAUUAGCAUAUUCCCUGUUGAGAUAACGCUUCUAAUAAAUCUAACAACGCUUACUCUAGACUACAAUAACUUAUCAUCGCUGCCAACCGAGAUAGGGAACUUAAAAAACCUUGUAAAUUUGAAUUUGAGUUACAAUCCAUUAAAUGUUUUGAUCCCGGAAAUCGGUGAUCUGGAGAAGCUGGAAGCGUUCUGGUGUAAUAGAAUAGGUUUGAAAGAGAUACCUAAAGAGAUAGGAAAACUGACUCAGUUAGACACUUUUGGAGCCCGAGGAAAUGAACUGAAGACUAUUCCUGAGGAAAUGACAAGUCUAGCUAAAUUGAGAUGGUUGACGCUUGAGAAUAAUCAAAUCGAAACAUUGCCAGAUACGAUGGACAGAAUGACGGCCCUCGUCCAUUGUAAUUUACGUAACAACAGGCUAGAACAGUUUCCGUCAUCGAUACUCAAAUGUAAAGAGCUGAUGUUCCUCCAAUUGAACAGUAAUCAGAUUUCAUCAGUACCGGCCAAUUUAGACACGAGUCUCGUACCCGGCUUAGAAAUGAUCGAUUUGAGGUCGAAUCCGAUCUGUGAACUUUCGCAUCCGGAGCACGCAUUAAUAAAAUACACGGACGAGGCGACGACCCAAACGUCUGACAGUAACGGUUCCCUGGCGUCCGCUAUGCCGUCAACCAGCCGCGUCUACGGAGCGCAGGCCUUAGCCCUCAAUGCCACCGCCCUAAGGCUCCCGGCGGCGCCGGAACACCAGCAUCCUGACCCACUCGUGAUAGAAAUGGACUUAGAUAGUUCGUCGGUGGAAUCUUCGGAAGACUGGGAGAACAGCGUUAACAGCUCAGUACUUGACGUUCAGUACCAGAGCGAGGAUGAUAUCGACGAUAAUGACAUCGCUCAAUUCUUUCAGGCUGUGGGUAUGGUGUUGCCGGAAUUGUCGAAAUACGCAUCGAUGGCUUGUUAAAAGCGCGACGAAAAGCACAGAUUAACGGAGCUUAUUUAUAAAAGAAACUUAAAGUUUUUAACAUUAAACUUUAAAUUUUAAUAAAAAAAAUGGAUUUUAUAAAUGACGUAUUAUAGAUAUAUAGAUAUUGUAUAGUCUCAUUCGGCGUGUGCGAAAUAUGAGGGUAUUUGUUUAAUGCGUAACUAAUGUAUACUGCCAAGGAAGGUAGUUGUAAAAUCAAUUACACUGAUACUUGGGUUGAGGUUAGAUCGUUAGCUGAGGUAGAGAGCGAGAAACAAUAAUAGCGAAUUUGUUCAAUUUAGUACAAACAAACACAUCACUAAUAAACGAAGCUGAUGAUUUAAAUUUUAUUUUAACGAGAGUGUUGAAUGUAUAAGUUUGAGCUUUAUUGCGUUUGGAAUAAAGACUUAAAUUGCAGACCAGAUAUUAUCAAGGCACUCAUUUUGCGAGGCAUAUUUCUGUGUCACCCAGUCACGUCUUUAUCACUUGUGCCGUUUUCGGCACACAUAUCAUUACCAUAGUAUUAUUACGAAAAUAAAACGUAUUUAAAAAAAAACAGUUUAAAGAAUUAGUUGUAUUGAUAUAUUAAUAUACAUUUAUUAUACAUGUAGCACAAGUUAAAAUAAAACGUAGGCAAAUUAAUUGUUGGCAUCCAUGUUUUUUUAAGUGUCAAAAAAAGGCGCCAAUCGCGAAAACUCGUUUUCACAAUACAUUUUUAUUUAUUUAUUUUUACUUGUGCUAAUUACUAUUUAACUGUUGAUUUUAUUUAAAAAAAAAUAUGUUAAAAGAAAAUCUUUAAAUUCUUGAAAACGACUUCUUUUACGAUUUUAAUUAUUUUGGUUUAAACUUAAAACAAUGUGAUCGAUUGGCCAAAAUAUUUUUAAUGAAUUUAGAAGUAAUAAAUAUAUACCGUAUAUGUUAUUGUAUUGUAAUAUAGGAAUGGAAUACGACUUAAAUAAGAUUAUAUCGUUAAAUAUAAAAUUGUGGUGAUUUUGGGGCGAAUAAUUAUAUUCUCGACGAAAAAUAUAGCUUAAAACAUACAUUACCUGACGCUCAAUAAUUUAUAGUAUUUUUUUUAGUAUGUUUUUUUUCUCGAUUAUAUUAAUACAUAAACGGUACGUUCCGUUUUACGUUGUUGAGCUAAAUCGUUACGUCACAAUAGUUUGUUUUUAAUUGUCUUUCCGUGAUAUCCAAUUCUUCAGUUCUGGGGGAAGGAUCAUCAAAUGGUAAUAUGGGUAUGAGGAAAUACGAACUUAGCUUAUGUUCACGUACCACCUAAGCGUUGCAGGAAUAACAUCGUGUAAUAAAAGUCUUACAUCAAGUAUACGGGUGGUAGCGUUCGCGUAAUUAUGUCUACGGACGCUGGGAACAUUAACUUCAGACGGGCCGUGAGCACGUUCACACGUCAUUGCAACGAAGAAAAGAAAAAACAUGAAAAAAGGAAAUCGGUUGAAUAAACUAGACGAGAAAAUUCUAGUAAUUUUUAUCAUCUUUGCCUAUUAAUCUGUAUAAUUACUUAAAAUUGUAAUGUAAUGUCAAUUUAAACACUUUAUUGUCGUUGUUUGGAGAAUAGCAGUGAAGCGAAGUUUUGUACCAAAAAAAUGUAGGUAAGAUUUAAAUUGCCACACCAUGCAUAGCUCACCGUCAGGCACACAAAUAGAGCUUAGUGAGAAUUUUUUAACGUUCUCGAUAGCGUAAAAGUUAACUCAAAUUUGUAGUAUGCAGUUGGAACAGCGCCCCUAGCGGCAAACGUAGGUAAACGUUCCAACUGCAUUUCCAAAUUUCCAAAUUUCUUACAUACAUACAAAUACACAAUGUGACGUAAUACCUAAUAAUUCGAAUAUUUCUUUCAUUCUUUUUUUUUACUUUUAUUCACUUCUCCAAACUUCAAAAUUGAAAACGUUUUUUUAAUUUAUUUUGCUCUUUUUGCACAUUGUCUUAAUAAAUUAAAACUUUAAAGGUUGUAUUUUUUUUAAUAGUUGUUUUAAUUUGAAAAGACAUUACAUACGCACAAAAACUUCAAAUAAUUUUUAUAUAGAAACCUAAAUGACGUCACGUCACGGUCACGGGUUUUUUUUUUUAUUAAUGUAAUCCCCCCUAUAAUGCGAGUUCACGUCCCUCAUAGAAAGCGGGGAUUCCCCGUGUAUUUCUAAAUUUAAAACGUUCUUAGUUUGAUUUAGCUAAUUAAACAAACAUAUUUCGAUUAUAGUUUUCUUUCAUGUUCAAUUUAAAGCUCCUUUAACGAGAAAAGUCGAACGUGAAUAAUUGUUUAUAUGACGCGUCAUAGGAUACAUACAACGCGAAACCAAUCCACCGUGUUAUAGGGGAGAUUACUGUAUUUUCUAAUAAUGUUGUUGUUAUACAAAGGUUGAAUUAUGUAAUAAAAAUAUCAAGGGUAAUAAAGACUAAUUUAAAGAAAA